CACGGGUAGCACAAGUUGCAUCAUCAACAUUCAACAACAAUAACAAAACCAAAUCUGUCUUUCAAGAAAAAUUAUGUCUCUGAUUAAACAUGGCGAUGUUUCCUAGGAACAAAGAAAUAAUAAAAGCUUUGGGUUUUGACUUUUUGGGUGCUCAUUCAUGGAACCUCACUCUUCUCUGUCACUACCCUAAAGGCCUAAACUAAUGAGUCUCACUUCUCAAUGCUAUUAUUAUAUGAUAUAGUUCCAUGAACCUCUCAUCUUGUCUCUCUAUAUUUUCUCAACUUUGUCUGUUACUCUUUGAUUCAAGAAAAAUGGCAAAGAUUACUGUAACUUUCUUCUUCAUAUUGGUAUUGCUCAUUCUCUCAACUGCAAACGCCACCAGACCCAUUUCUAAUCCCCAACUUUCAUCAUCACAUGAGGAAUCAAGUAUUAGUUAUGAUGGAUGUGAAGGUAUAGAAAGUGAAGAGUGUUUGAUUAGAAGAUUCAUGGCUGAACAUACAGACUACAUUUACACACAAGACAUAAGAGGACCAUGAUUUUUUUCUGCUAUUUCUUUGUUCUUUGUUUCUUCCCUGAUCAAGUAUAAAUGUGUAAGUUGUGCAAUUAUUUUGAGAAGUAAUUGAAGUAUCAUCAUAGAUUAUCUUGUUUCAUUAAUUAGAAAAGGCACAUUUAGAUGGUAUUUAAGAUAGCCAUUUGGGUGUAGCUUAUGAUUAAAAUCAAUCUAUGUUCAAGU